AUGUCACAGCAAGAAAUGAAAGAAUCUAAAAAGGCAUCAACUGAUGACCAACCUGCUAAGAAUAGUGAAAACGAAAUAGAAGUGGAGGCUGAAAAAGAGAAACCCUACGUACCUCCACCACCAUAUAAGCCACCCAUCCCAUAUCCUCAAAGAUUAGCAAAAUCCAAAACUGAGGCACAAUUUAAGAAAUUUGUAGAGCUUCUAAAACAAUUAAAUAUCACAAUACCAUUUACAGAAGCCAUAACUCAAAUGCCUUCUUAUGCUAAGUUCCUAAAAGAAUUUCUUUCUAAUAAGAAGAAACUCGAGGAUAACGAAAUCGUUAUGCUUACCACAGAAUGUAAUGCCAUCAUCCAAAACAACAUGCCUCCCAAAUUAAAAGAUCCUGGUAGUUUCUCCAUGCCCUGGGUAAUAGGAAAGACUGUUAUAGACAAAGCCUUGUGCGAUUUAGGAGCCAGUGUUAGUCUGAUAUACCUUUCAUUUUGUAAAAAGCUAAACUCAGGUAAGCUAAAACCUUCAAGAAUGUCCCUUCAACUUGCAGACCGCUCAAUCAAGUAUCCGAUAGGAAUGUUAGAAAAUAUCCCUGUACGAGUAGAUCAAUUCUAUAUCCCCACUGAUUUCAUCAUCAUGGACAUCCAAGAGGACUCUAGCAUCGCCAUCAUAUUAGGGAGACCCUUCUUAGAAACCGCCGGUGCAAUCAUAGAUGUUAAACAUGGAAAACUAACCUUCGAAAGGUUUAUAUUCAAUAACCAUCUUGUCAACAGGUUCUAG